AUGGACUCACACGAAAUUGACAAAUUGGGCGAGGAAAUCUAUGACAACUACAAGCCCUUAUUCGACUCAGAUGACUUGUGUCUUUUAUCGACAAUGAGAUACGAUCCUUCACUCUCCGAAACCGAACCCACAUCUGCUUCUUCGCUAAACAAAUCCAACUUUUUCCUUUUUGAUGAACAUUAUCACCGAUUGAAGUUCACGGUAGACUACUUCAAAAGACAAAAAAACACAAACUUGACGUUUAAUUUGUCUGACACCGAUUUUCUUCGAAAAAUCAUUUACACAAUUGAAUCAUCCGGAACCAAUCUUCACGCAGCUUUGAAAAUACGUAUACUUCUCAGUAUGAUUGGAAAGUUGAAAAUCGAGCUCCACGAGACUCCAGAGAGGAAAAACUUAUUAGACGGAAUACUUGACCCCGCUAAUAGUCCGUUAUGGGAUGUAUAUAAGGACCCCGAAUUUACAGUGUCUUCACCGUUGACAUCGUUCAAAACUACAAGCCGAGACCAUUAUACCCAAGCCAGAAGCCGAUGCUUGCCCCUGUUAAGACCUGGAUGUGAAGAGGUUUUAUUGCAAAAUCCACAGGGUAAUGCUACCGAAGGGUCAAUUACUAAUUUUGCAAUACGCAAAAACGACACUUGGAUUACACCACCAUUGAGCACUGGAUGCUUGUGUGGAGUAAUGAGACACUUUUUGUUGCGUAAAGGCUACUUGGAAGAAGCAGUGAUCCCCAUGGCGAGCAUUUCUACGGGAGACGAACUUUUAUUGUUCAAUGGCAUCAUGGGAGUCAUUAGAGCCAAAGUCAAGUAG